GGCAAGCACCUCCGCCGCCUCCCACAGUGAAUGCUUCAAGGGGACAGCUAGCUGGUCCCGGCGGUCUGCUGGGGGGCUUCGGCAAUGCGGCCGCGGCAGAUGCGGCGAUGGAGCGGUUGAAGAUGCUGGCAGGGGUGGGCCCCACCCGUCUUGGCGCUCACGAACGGCAGUCUCAGGCAGCUGGUCCCGAGUCUCAAGCUUUGGCAGAACAUGCAGCCGAAGCAGUGGAGGCGGAGGAGCUAGAUCAGGCUCUGGAGGCAACCCUGGCCGACGCAUCGGACCCGAUGCAAAAGCUGAUGCUACUCCAGAUGAAGCAGAUGGCUCUGAUGAACAAGAGUUUCAACCACCGGCAGCCCUCAGAUCCCAUCCAGGCCUUGCUCGGGUCAGGCGGGGGCGACAAUCAAGGGGGCAGCACCAGCGGCAUCAAGGGUUGCCUGGCCAGGGAAGCUUACGUGAAGAUCACGGAGGACCUUCACAAGCUGGCUUCGGUGGCCGAAAGCAACGCCACCGCCGAGCUCGGGUUGAGCGCUUACCAGGUGACUCCGGGCAUCAUGCGAGACUACUUGGAGCGGAGGGUGCCUCUGGGCAACUUUCGGCAGUUGACCCAGUUCGGGUAUCUGGCCGCUUCCGGAUGGGAGAUUGGUGCUCGAACCAACAACAAAGAGCUCCAGGGGUUUUGCGCCAAGCUGCUGAUGUUUGUGGAACAGACUGCACUGGACUCAGGCCGCACAAAUCUGAGUUGGCUGAUGACGGGACUAGCAGAUCCCAACUUUACCCUGACGCAGCAAAACACUCAGAAGAGCGGGCUGAAACCGUUCACUCGGCUGGCGUCUGCAAGCUGGGUCGCGGCAAAUGUCUCCUAUCUUCGCGAUCUGGACUUUCUGGAAUCCAAGAUCCGAAACAACGACAAAAGCGACAAGGCCAACGCCGACAAGCCGGCGCCCGAGCACAACCCAAGACCCAAGUACAAGGGCAAAAAGCAGAAACCGGAAACAGAGGGAAGCGGCCCGAAACAAGGGACCGUUCCAAACCUUUGCCAGGCUCUUCUAUGUCAGCGCGGGGAGGCCCUGCCUCUACUGCGACUUUUGGUCGGGGGGGCGGAACGGGACCUGCGCUCAGCCCUUGAGUUGGAUGCGUGUGAGAACGGUGGUGCAGAAGAGGCCAAAGUUCCUGGAGGCCUAGUUUUUGGUCAGCCUGGCCAAGCUCUGCCUUCUGCAAUUAGAUGCAAUGAGAUCAUGCUAGCUGUUUUGCAGGUGGCUAGCAAUCCUGCAAGUUGUUUUGGAGGUUUCCUGAGAAAGAGCCUCUGUGAAUCUCGCGCUGCUGUCGGAACUGCUCCAAGAUCCGAUGUGUGGCCAUGUCCCCCACCCCGGUGGCGUUGGACGGCCAGCCAGCACCUUUCUCCUCGACGACGUCAUCGUCGAAAGUUUCUCAUGGUUCGGGCAAAGCUUUUGCAAAGGAUUGUAAUCGCGCUCAACUGGCUGACCUUGGGACAUGCUCAGUCUCCUCCAGAGCACUGCCGUUUGGGAGCACCAAUCUCUGCGGCGCAGCAUGCCGCUUUGGAGAGGUUGGAGGAGAUGGUGGACUAUUUUUUGAGAGCCCCCGUUGCAUCUCCCACUGACCUAGGCCGGGCUGGAGAAAAGCUGGAGAAUUUAUUGAAAGCAUCUUUUUCUUUGCAUGAUUUUAAUUCACUGAGUUUCAACGAUGUGGUAAGUUUUUUAGAUGUGAUCCAAAAAGAUCUUGACCCUUACAGCAAAGAGCCAACAAACAAUGCAGCAGCUUCUGCCCAGCAUGCAUCUAAUGUUUGCAGUGGAGCCGAGCCGGCUACAGCAUAUAAGGUGAAGUUGGCUACAUCACCUGCCAAACAGGUUUUUUCAGACAGGAUUAAGUGGAAGUUAGGUCCGUCUUUUGACCCCAAACCUUACUUGAGCGAUCCUAUUGUUCAUGCUGCUUUCCAAGAUCCUGAAGUCCUUCGUAAACCUGUUGGCGACUGGCCUCAGCGGCCGCGGGCUCGUGUUCACUGCUCUCGCGAAGAGGUUUUGCGUCUGGCGGAAAAGUGGGACAAGCUCGGCGCUUGCAUGCUGAUCCCCACGAAUGAGAUCAGAGCUGACGAAGCCGUUGGUCUGUUUGCUGUUCCUAAAGAUCAAGAUCACGAUCGACUUAUUAUCAAUCCCACAGUUAUCAACUCACGGAUGUAUAAUGCAAACACCUUCACCAAAACAAUUGCGCCUGGUCAUUUGGUUGGUAUGAUACGGCUGAGACCUGAUGAAGAUCUUCGUAUUAGUUCGGAUGACCUUUGCGAGUUUUACUACACCUUCAAGGUGUCUCGUAGUAGGGCUGCAAGGAAUGCAAUUGGGGUUUCAUUUGUUGGCAGUGAGCUCUCCCACCUUCAGUGUUACAACCCACAGUUACAUCAGGAGUCAGUUUAUAUCUGUUUGGCUACAUUGGCAAUGGGCGACGGGUUGGCAGUUGAAAUUGCACAACAAAGUCAUUACAACUUACUUCGACAGUUGGGUGGAUGCAUGGACCCCAAAGAAGUUUUAGCCUAUCGUCGCGCAAUCCCCAAAGGGCCUUUCUAUGAACUUUUGACCAUUGAUGAUCAUAUUGGGUUGCAACGGGUAAAAAAGGGUUUUCCUUUGGGUCAACAGCCAACCCGGGACAAAGCAGUUUUCAAGCAGUCUGAACGAGCGUAUGCAGCAGUGGGACUUACCCCUCACCCAGGAAAAAGACAAAGGCAAGUUUCAGCGGCCACCGUUUUGGGGGCCGAAGUUGAUGGAGUUGUUGGUAGGGUGUCUGCACCGCGUUCUCGUCUUGCAGUCCUCAUGUUUUGCACUGCGGUUGUGGCUCAAAAGAAGUCAUGCACCAAGAAGAUUCUGCAGAGUUUGAUUGGGUCAUGGGUUCAUGCAUUGUUAUUUCGCAGAUGUAUUUUUUCAGUGUUGGAUGCAAUUUACAAUGAAGGAAACCAUCAACCUCCUGAUACAGUUUUUCCCCUUUCUCCCAAAAGCCUGAGUGAGCUGACCAUGCUGAUGCUUCUGGGUGUCCUGGCACAAUGCGACAUGCGGGCAGCUAUAUGCCCGGAGGUGUUCAUGAUGGACGCAAGUCCAUAUGCUGGAGCAGUUUGUUCCUCCUCAGUGGCUGAAGAUGCCGUCGACCGGCUGUGGCUUUUGUCUGAGCAGCGAGGGUAUUAUACCCGUCUGGAGCAAGGGCCUGGAGUAGUGCUGCGUGAAAAAGGUUUAGAUCAUGCUGAGCUGUUUGGUUCGGAAGCUGGUCCCUUGAGUUUACCUGAAGGACCGAUGCCCUGUUUGCCAAUGACCUCUGAGGAGCGGGAAACGUUCCACUGCCUUGAGUUGUUUAGAGGCCAGGGAAACUGGAGCGUUGCUCAUGAAGAGGUGGGCCUUAGGGUCCAUCCUGGAGUCGAAAGAAAUGAGCGGGGUGUCCGCUUUGGCGACCUGAGUGAUGACAGCACUUUCCUAGGGCUUUUGCGACUAGCCGACAGCGGCACUGUCGAGGAGUGGCAUGCAGCUCCCCCUUGCUGGUCUUUUGGAACCCUCAGGAGACCUCGUUUGAGGUCAAAAGCUCAGCCCUUCGGUUUUGACCCUGCUGACCCUCUGACCGCUGAACAGACGCGUUUGGCGGUGCGGACAGCCUUCCUUCUUUUGGUAGCUUUGGGGGUGCUGGCUUACAAAAUUUUGUUUCUGCAGUUUUGGCAGUGCUUUCAACAAACCUUCGAAGUCUAUGGUCGGUUGCCGGUUCCUGGAGAGGCGGUGAGCGCUUUCUCGGCUUCCUAUCCCCGUGAGCUCUGCCGAGCCAUGGCACGGGGUUCUGCAGAUUUUUUCCUGGAGUUGGGUCGCAAAGCAGGGCCCUUAGAAGAGAAUGGCAACUUGCGACCAUGGCAUGAGGACCCUGAUUGGGUGCAUGAUUUGUGUGAGGGGUUGCGAUACAGGGAACUGUUUCGCUAUCGUUUCAAAAAAGGUGGGCAUAUCAACUGUCUGGAAUGCCGAGUUUACAAAAGCUGGCUGAAGCAUUGCGCCAAGCGGUGGCCGGGCUGCAGAGUUCUGGGACUUUUAGAUAGCCGUGUGACUCUUGGAGCGGCAGCCAAAGGUCGCAGCAGUUCAAAAGCUUUGAGUCAUAUUUUGAAGACGUCUCUGGGCUAUGUGCUGGGGUGCGGAUUAUAUCCAGGUGGGCUGCAUGUGCGGUCAGCAUGGAACCGUGCGGAUGGGCCUUCGCGAGAUGGCAAAGUUGCUCCUCCCACCUGUGAACGACCCACCUGGCUUGCAUGUCUGGAGCAGGGCGACGACAGUUUGUUUGAAAUCAUGCUGGAAAGUGCAAAGUGGAGCCGUCCGUUAGGGCGGAAUCCGGGCCCCUCUGAGAACAAAGCCUACAAGCCCCGCGGGCAGCUCAGUAUGGUUGUCGGGCUCUCGCGGACGACCGUCGCGCGGAUGGAUGCUUGUUUGACCUUUUUUGAAGAGUGGCUUCAGAAGGAGCUGAAAUGGGAUCUGAACAUGGCCUUGAGCAGUGCGGAGAACGCAAACCUUUCUUUGAGGGCGUAUGGGCGCGCCACCUUUUCUGCUGGGAAACCAAGGUACCAACUGGUCUAUGCUAUCACCGGUGUGCAGCAUUUGAGGCCUGAGUUUCGGCCUUUCCUUGCAGGAGCCUGGCAGGUAGACAAACAGUGGCAGCUGAAAGAACCUGGACAGUGCAGAGCAGUGUUGUCUGCACCAGUUGUUCGCAGCAUUUGCGCCCUGGCCUUUUUAUGGAAAUGGUAUCGUUUUGGUGCCAUGGGGCGACUCCUGGCGUGCUUCGAGGUUCUGGAGCGACCCAAAUGUAUUUGGAUUCAGAAGACCUUCCCAAAGUUGCUUGGAGGGGCAGGCGUCCACAGCACCACGGGUGCUCACCGGGUGAAUGCCGUUGGAUACAACCACCGUGAUGAGGAAGUUCCGUCGCUGAUUGUGUGA